GUUCUCUAUCUAUAUAUGGAAGAGGCAAAACCCUCUUUGGGCCUAAACCAUGGAGGAGAACAAGGUUCCAAAUGUAAAAGAGGUGUAUGGCACAGUCGCCAAAACUUACGCACAGUUCAGGCCCCGCUAUCCCCCUCACCUUUUCUCCUUCCUUUCUUCCCUCACUCCACGACAUCAUCUGGCAUGGGAUGUGGGCACAGGCACUGGCCAGGCCGCCAUUGAGCUAUCAAAGUACUAUACGAGAGUGGUGGGCACAGACACGAGUGAGGGGCAGAUUCAACACGCAGAGCAGCACCCCAACAUAAGCUACGCCGUGACGGCGCAGUCAGUGACCGACCAACAACUGCACUCCAUCGUCGGCCCUGAAUCUUCCGUGGAUCUGGUCACCGUCGCCACAGCCGUCCACUGGUUCGAUUUGGAUAAAUUUUACGCGCAGGUGAAACACGUGUUGAAGAAGCCCGGCGGCGUGAUUGCCGUGUGGGCGUAUUGGAAGCCCAUUGUCGAUCCAGCAGUGGACGCAGUUUUUGAGCGGUUUCUUAGCAGAUUUUAUCCAUUUUCCCAUCCGGCUUGGAAACUGCUGCUGGAGGAUUAUGAGUCUUUACCGUUUCCGUUCGCGCAAGUGGAGGGGAUAAAAAUGGAGAUUGAAGAGCAGAGGACGUUUGAUGAGUACAUGGGCUACUUCAGAACGAGGCAUGCUUUGGUGGGCAGAGAAGAAAUCUUAAAAGAGUUUAGUGCAGAAGUUGAAGCGGCGUGGGGAGCUCCGCUCCAUGUGACCAAGGCUGUAAAGUUUCCGCUCUGUUUUAAGAUUGGUAAGGUUUGAAAGUGAGCAAAGAUUCUGUUAGUAGACGGUGGAUGAUUCAAGGUAGCCUAUGAGCUUUACUUGUUCCGUUGAUCUAAGUAUAUGUUUAAAUGUCCUGUCAUGUUUUAAUCCUAUGGUUUAGUGAUAUCCAUUUGGGUACUAUCAGGCUUUACCUAGGACAGUGAAAAUCACAUGGCUGUCUGUAAAGCUUUAUCAAAAGUAAUAAUAAAGGGCGGUACAAGUUUCUUUUUAA